AUGGCAGCUGUCAUCAUCGUCAUCCGCUGCAUGACGUUCACUGUCCAACAUAGGAACGCCACGACGAACGACAAGGGACUUUGCCAUUUGCAUCCACCGGUUGCCCACGACUCUUACGAG